UGGUGCUGCAGUGUGUGACGUCACAGCGCCGCUAACCUCCUCCCGGCUGCGUGACGUCACAGCGCCGCCGAGGUGUGUGAUGUCACUGGCGCGCGCGCUGCUGAGGAUGCUGCGGCAAGUGAUCCACGGAGGUCUGAAGGCGUCCUUCUACUGGCUGGGCUUGUUCGUCAGCAGACACCCGGUCUUCUUCCUCACCGUGCCCGCCGUGCUCACCAUCAUCUUCGGAUCCACGCUGCUCAGCCGGUUCCGGCCGGAGACCGACCUGGAGCGGCUGGUGGCGCCCACCCACAGCCUGGCCAAGAUCGAGCGCAGCCUGGCCAACAGCCUCUUCCACGUCGACCAGUCCACGCACCGCCUCUACUCCGACCUGCACACGCCCGGCAGGUACGGCCGCCUCAUCCUGCAAGCCAGGUCCGGCGGCAACAUCCUGGAGCUGGCCGAGCAGGUGCUGCGCGUCCACCGGCGGGUGCUGGAGCUGCGGGCGUCCUACCGGGGCUUCAACUACACCUUCGCCCACCUCUGCGUGCUCGGCCCCGGCGGCAACAGCUGCCGCCUGGACGACAUCGUCUCCGUCCUGGAGGACAUCCGCCAGGCGGUGCUCGCCAACAGCUCCUUCAGCAAGGUGGUGGUCAGCUACCCCAACACCACCCUCAAGGAUGGCCGAGUGUCCUUCAUUGGCCACCAGCUGGGAGGCGUGUCCUUCUCCCCCAAUAGCCGGGAUCAGCAGGUCAAGUUUGCCCGGGCUGUCCAGAUUACCUACUACCUGCGCAACAACGGACCGGCGGUCCAGGAUGCCAUCGCAGAGGUCUGGGAAAAUGAGUUCUGCGCCCUGGUCAGUCGGCUGUCCACAGCCGGAGCUCCCCACGGACCCGACCAACUCCUGAUUCAGUCCCUCACGUCCUUCAGCCUAUGGCGGGACUUCCAUCAGACCGGCGUUCUGGCCAAAGGCGAGGUGUUGGUUAGUCUGGUGUUGGUCCUCCUGGCGGCCACCAUAUCCAGCUCCAUGCGGGACUGUUUGAGGGGGAAACCCUUCCUGGGCCUCCUGGGGGUUUUGACCAUCUGCAUCGCCAACGUGACCGCCGCAGGGAUCUUCUUCAUAUCGGAUGGGAAGUUCAACUCCACACUUCUGGGGAUUCCGUUCUUCGCAAUGGGCCACGGAACCAAGGGGGUGUUCGAGCUCCUGGCCGGCUGGAGGAGGACCAGGGAAAACCUGCCCUUCAAGGAGCGCGUGGCCGACGCCUUUGCCGACGUGAUGGUGUGCUACACCAUGACCAGCUCGCUCUACAUCAUCACCUUCGGCAUGGGAGCCAGCCCCUUCACCAACAUCGAGUCGGUCAAGAUCUUCUGCCAGAGCAUGUGCGUGGCCGUCUUGGUCAACUACUUCUACGUCUUCUCCUUCUACGGAUCCUGCCUGGUGUUCGCCGGACAGCUGGAGCAGAACCGCUACCACAGCGUUUUCUGCUGCAAAAUCCCCUCGGUGGAGUACCUGGACCGCCAGCCCACGUGGUUCAAAACCAUGAUGAGCGACGGCCACGACCUGUCCACGCACCACGACAGCGUUCCCUACCAGAACCACUUCAUCCAGCACUUCCUGCGCGAGCACUACACCGAGUGGAUCACCAACACCUACGUCAAGCCCUUCGUGGUCAUUCUCUACCUCAUCUACGCUUCCUUCUCAUUCAUGGGGUGUUUACAAAUCAGUGACGGCUCCAACAUCGUCAACCUUCUGGCCAGCAACUCCCCCAGCGUGUCCUACGCGCUGACUCAGCAAAAGUACUUCAGCAACUACAGCCCCGUGAUCGGCUUCUACAUCUACGAGCCCAUCGAGUACUGGAACGCCACGGUGCAGGAGCACCUGAAGAUGCUGAGCCACGGAUUCAACAAGAUCUCCUGGAUGGACAACUUCUUCCACUACCUGCGGGUGGUGAACGUGAGCGCCUCCACCAAGGGCGACUUCAUCAGCAUCCUCCGAGGCUCCUUCCUGCAGAGCCUGGAGUACCGGCACUUCACGGAGGACAUCAUCUUCUCCAGGAACCGCGACACCAGCGAGUACGACAUCAUCGCCUCGCGCAUGUACUUGGUGGCCCGUGUUACGGAGAAGAAGCGGGAGGAGGUGGUGGAGCUACUGGAGAAGCUCCGCCCGUUGAUGCUGAUCAACAGCAUCAAGUUCAUCGCCUUCAACCCGACCUUCGUGUUCAUGGACCGCUACAGUUCCUCCGUCAUCUCCCCCAUCCUCACCUCGGGGUUCAGUGUGCUCACCAUCCUCAUCCUCACCCUCUUCCUGGUCAUCAACCCCCUGGGGAACUUCUGGCUGAUCCUCACCGUCACCUCGGUGGAGCUGGGCGUCCUGGGUCUGAUGACUCUCUGGAACGUCGGCAUGGACAGCAUCUCAAUCCUGUGCCUUAUUUAUACCCUCAACUUCGCCAUGGAUCACUGUGCGCCGCAUCUGUACACCUUCGUGCUGGCCACCGAGCACACCAGGACUCAGUGCAUCAAGCUGGCUCUGGAGGAGCACGGGGCGGCUAUCUUGCAGAACACGUCCUGCUUCGUGAUCGGCAUCAUGCCUUUGGUCUUCGUGCCUUCCAACCUGACCUACACGCUGUUCAAGUGCUCGCUGCUGACGGCCGGCUGCACCGCCCUCCACUGCUUCGUCAUCCUGCCCGUCUUCCUCACCUUCUUCCCGCCGUCCAAGAAGAGACACAAGAAGAAGAAACGGGCCAAGCGGAAAGAGCGGGAGCGGGAACGCGAGGAGAUAGAGUGCAUCGAGGUCCGAGAGAACCCCGACCACGUGACUAACGUCUGAGUCGGCAUGUUUGCAGCCAAUCCUGGCGGGAUUACGCGGCGUAGCGGGGGGGGGGGGGGGACGACCGUACGGGUGCCGCCCAAGACGCCCGGUCGCGAGUGGAGUGCGGCCCAUUGGACGCCCAUUCGGUCUUGACAGUGUGCCUGGUUCUACUCCCGGGCUUACAAGAGACUCUAGGUUAGCGUACGCACGGUCUGAACAUACUACGACAAAUAUUAGUGUCUCCGGCAGCCCUUAAUGCCGCUAGCCGCAGGGUCAAAGCGGUCGGUGGGGCCAAGACCGGGUCGGGUCAAUGGAAGACAACUUAAUUCAUCCGUUGAUGCUGAUGAACAUCUGCUUGGAAAGCCGAAAAGACCAGCGUCGAUUUGCGGAUGCUAACUGGGGCGCUAGCAAGUGUUGCGAACAUUGGCCCCCGUUUGCUUAUUUCCGAUAACACCCGGCUCGGCGGUGGGUGUGGGCGGGACUGUUGGUGGUGAUCCGAUACCAAGUCCGUACGGAUCUUUGAUCCAAGAACCUUGAAUCGUUUUGUCACGUUGCCUAUUCGUUUGUUAGGAAUGACUGGAAUCACAAUAUAUCAUAAAAGAAAAACUCUAAAAACCAAUUUUUUUACCAUACUUUCCGGGCUACAAACUUUUGGAAGAAAUAAAUAUAUUUCCAUGUAUUAGCCGCAGAUACAUGCCGGUACAAAAUAUUUUGUAAAUGUUUAUUUACAUACCUUAAUGUCUGUGACAAGGCAGUAAAACGGCUGAUCAAACAAAACAUAAUUCAUGGUCAUGAACCCACUGGCUGCCCAAGCUCGCUUUCCAACCAGCUAAACAGACUCCAUAACUCCACGCUGACGUUUUAGGGAAUUUACGAAACUGAAACAGAACAAAAAGAAUGCCAUUGCGAGUUAAUGAUACUAACAUAAACGUGUUAGCAUGUUAGCUAAUGCUAACGACGCUAGCUUGACUACAUUAUGAUAGCACGUAUAAAUAUGCAUGAAAACACGUUGCUUGGCCUGAUGAAUGAAGAAUCCUUUCCAGCAGAAACACCGUAGACAACUUGUAGACAAAACGGGAUACAUACUUCCGGUUCAAGGCACGAAACAGGACAGCACCAGCAGUGAGCAAACUCAUCCAAAAGAUGGCGUCAUAGCAUGAACCAUAACACACCUUUUGGGUAACCAGACCGCGGCUCGAUUGGUACUGGGCCGCAGAAGAAUGUUUUAUCAAUCAUAUAUAUUUUGUUUUUGUUUUUUUAAAAUUAAAAUAACAUAAAAAACCCAAGAUACACUUUCAAUCAUUGCACCAACCCAAAAACCUCCCUUUUCCAUGACAAAAAAUUAUCAAGAGUUGACCGGUCCGCAGCUACAAAAAUGUUGGGGUCCACUGCCGUAGACAACUUGUACACAAAACGGGAUAUACUUCCGGUUCAAGGCACGAGACAGGACAGCACCAGCAGUGAGCAAACUCAUCCAAAAGAUGUUUUUUUGCUAAAAAACAAAGCAAUAUGGCUGUUAGCGUAGAAAAACCCAUCAAUUUGGCCGCAGGGUUCAAAGCGUUGGAUAACCAGACCGCGGCUCGAUUGGUACUGGGCCACAGAAGAAUGUUUUAUCAAUCAUAUAUAUUUUGUUUUUGUUUUUCUUAAUUAAAAUAACAUAAAAAACACAAGAUACACUUUCAAUCAUUGCACCAACCCAAAAACCUCCCUUUUCCAUGACAAAAAAUGAUCAAGAGUUGACCGGUCCGCAGCUACAAAAAGGAGGGGGACCACUGCCGUAGACAACUUGUAGACAAAACGGGAUAUACUUCCGGUUCAAGGCACGAGACAGGACAGCACCAGCAGUGAGCAAACUCAUCCAAAAGAUGUUUUUUUGCUAAAAAAAACAAAGCAAUAUGGCUGUUAGCGUAGAAAAACCCAUUAAUUUGGCCGCAGGGUUCAAAGCGUUGGAUAACCAGACCGCGGCUAGAUUGGUACUGGGCCGCAGAAGAAUGUUUUAUCAAUCAUAUAUAUUUAGUUUUUGUUUUUUUUAAUUAAAAUAACAUAAAAAACCCAAGAUACACUUUCAAUCAUUGCACCAACCCAAAAACCUCCCUUUUCCAUGACAAAAAAUUAUCAAGUGUUGACCGGUCCGCAGCUACAAAAAUGUUGGGGUCCACUGCCGUAGACAACUUGUAGACAAAACGGGAUAUACUUCCGGUUCAAGGCACGAGACAGGACAGCACCAGCAGUGAGCAAACUCAUCCAAAAGAUGGCAUCAUAGCAUGAACCAUAACACACCUUUUCAGUGUCUCUGUCGGUGAUGAAAGUUUUUUGCUAAAAACAAAGCAAUAUAGCCGUUAGCGUAGAAAAAAAACAUCAAUUUAGCCGCAGGGUUCAAAGCGUUGGAUAAAAAAGUAAAGGCUUAUAGCCUGAAAAUUACGGUCCCAAGCUAAGUAUUUUAAAGGGAAAUGAUUAUAUCCUGUCUGUGCUAUCAAGUAGUGAUUCACACAAAAUCAAAUUGUACCAAAUGUUUAUAGUUUGUUGUCAAAGACCAGAUCAGGCACAAAAAAAAAAUAGUCCCAUUCGUAGCAGACUAUCUCGUGGUCAUGUUGCCAUUGUUCCUGCCAACAAAGCAAGCAGGCCUGAUAGAAUAAACUCCAAUGUAAAACUUCACUUUUCAAACUAGCGUGAUGCUAAUUUACAUUGGAAUUUCCAUAUAUAUGCUACUGGUUAGCAUUGGCGACUUUACACCUCCAUGUUUUGUCAUCAAAAUGACAAGAUGCACGUUACAAUCAAUAAGUACAAUACUUACACUGUAAACACUUUGUAGGACUCGACAAAAGACACGCAUGGCAAGUUCAACGUAAUGGCAAAGACUACUUCCUGACUACACCACUAAACUAAGAUAAAUGCAUACUUGCAAAUUAGAAUGAUUUAAAACAACUAAUAAUUGUCAGCUAAAUGUUAAAUACAAAAUUACUUUUUAUUAUUAACAUAAAUAACAUUUAUUGCCACAUAAUUGUUGUGUCCUAGGACUUAGUCCCAGGUAGGACUCGGUUCUAGCCGCCCCUACUUUUAUUACUUGGACCUUUUUGAGCAGAAGGAAACAAAAAGUUCUCAAUUAGUCAACAGAAGUAAAAAUUACAUCCUAAAAUCCUCAAGUGUCCAAACUUGUGUUCUCUAACUCCGUUAACAAUAAUAAAUAUAACACUAAUAAAACUAACUCUGUUAACAAUAAUAAAUAUAACACUAAUAAAACUAACUCUGUUAACAAUAAUAAAUAUAACUAAUAAA